GCAAAACGAGGCCGAGUGACUGCGCUGUAUAACUGGGAGGAAGAGACGAGAUCCAAGUCACCUCCCCCUAUACAGACAGGAGCGGCAGAAAAUUGAGCCGUUCUGCUUUCCCUUUCCACCGGCACACCGGGGAAUCGAGCACAUACGGUGCUGAUGCUGCGAUAGCGUUGAGAUUGUACUGUACAGCCGCCUCCUGGCGUGCAAUACGUUUCCUUUGGCUACACCAAUUCUCAACGAAAGGACCACCAUUGUAAACAUCUGGCACGGUGAUUUUUUUUUUUAAACAAAAUUUGAAUUUUAGAUGCCGCUGGUCGCAUCCUUUUACACGUUUUUUUCUUGUAUUCUGGGUGCAGAGUCCUUAGCAUCUCUCCGUGGCUAGGGAGUGGCUGCUGUUCACAGAGGCUCUCGCUUCCACAGACUCCCCUCUAGGACCACGACAGGGGCUGUCACCGCGGCUCUAUCUGGGUUUUGGUUGCCGGAAUCUGGAAGCCAGGAGGUAAGGAUGGGAGGAAGCUCUCGGCUCUCUGAGGCCUGACACGCUGACCGAAGCCUCCUACAGCAGGGGUUUUUCCUGAACUCACAUACCCAAGAAAGAUGAGCAUGUUGAAGCCGAGUGGGCUGAAGAUCCCCGGUCGGGGGCCUAAGCAUGCCAGCCCAGUAGGCCGGUCCUCCGCAGGGUCCACUUCCAGUGCCUCGGCCCAGAAGGAAGGCUCCUCUCUUCACAAGCAGCCCUCCCUGAACACCGCUGCUGCCGCAGACAAGCCCGGCUCCAGGCUCGAGGUGGGGGACGAGGUGGCGGGAGACUUCGUGGUGGGCGAGCGGGUCUGGGUGAAUGGGGCGAAGCCGGGCUGUGUCCACUACCUUGGGGAGACCCAGUUCGCGCCAGGCCAGUGGGCCGGUGUGGUUCUGGACGACCCUGUGGGUAAGAACGAUGGCUCGGUUGGAGGGGUGCGGUACUUCGAGUGCCAGCCUCUGCAAGGCAUCUUUACCAGGCCCUCCAAGCUGACCCGGCAGCCCAUGGGAGACGGGAGUGACUCCCACUCCACGGAGUCGCUCACCACCCAGAAUCUCACCCUCCACGGGGGCUCAGGGGCCAGCCCUGUGCCCCCUGCCCAGCGAGUGAUCCUGCCGCUCAGGGAGAGCGUUCUCAACAGCUCCAUGAAGACGGGCAACGAGUCUGGCUCUAACCUCUCCGACAGCGGCUCCGUCAAGAAGGGGGACAAAGACUUGAGAGUGGGAGACAGAGUGCUGGUGAGUGGCAGAGUGCUGGUGGGUGGCACGAAGACGGGCGUGGUGCGCUAUGUGGGCGAGACUGACUUCGCGAAGGGAGAGUGGUGUGGGGUGGAGCUGGAUGAACCCCUGGGAAAGAAUGAUGGAGCCGUAGCUGGAACCAGGUAUUUCCAGUGCCCCCCCAGGUUCGGUCUCUUCGCUCCCAUCCACAAGGUGAUCCGGAUCGGCUUCCCCUCCACAAGCCCGGCCAAGGCCAAGAAGAGCAAACGCAUGGCAAUGGGGGUUUCCUCGCUGGCCCACAGCCCCAGCAGCUCCUCCAUGAGCUCAGUGAGCUCCGUCGCCUCCUCUGUGGGGGGCCGGCCCAGCCGCAGUGGCCUGUUGACAGAGACCUCGUCCCGCUAUGCGCGCAAAAUCUCCGGCACCACCGCCCUGCAGGAGGCGCUCAAGGAAAAGCAGCAGCACAUCGAGCAGCUCCUCGCAGAGAGAGACCUGGAGAGGGCCGAGGUCGCCAAGGCAACCAGCCAUAUCUGCGAGGUGGAGAAGGAAAUGAGUGCGCUCAAAGCACAGCACGAGCAGUACGCUUCAGAAACUGAGUCUAACCUGCAGCAAGUGCGCACCCUGCUGGCCAGCACUCAGAAAGCCAGGGCAGAGCUGGCCAAUCAGCUGGAGGAAGAGAAAAGGAAGGUUGAAGACCUCCAGUUCAGAGUGGAAGAAGAGUCCAUCACUAAGGGAGACCUUGAGACUCAGACGAAGUUGGAGCAUGUCCGUAUUCGGCAGCUCGAGCAGAGUCUACUGUUUGAAAAGUCAAAAAGGGAAACACUGCAGAAAGAGUUAGAGGAGCACAGGCAAACAACAGUGGAGGAGAAAAGUAGGAUCAUGCAGCUGGAAGAAGAGCUGGCUCUGAGGAAGGCUGAGAUCGAAGAGCUGCAGCAGAGACUGAGGAGCCCCAACCCGGACGAGGCAGCGAACCCCAGCCCGGGGCUCCACACCGAAGCCUUCCUUCUGAGGGAACAACUCCUGACAGCCGGCCGCGAGCGGCACAAAGAGAACAGCGAGCUCCGGGAGAAAUAUGAAGCAGCCUUGAGCAGUCAGCAACGGGAUGUCAACAGACUGAAGACAAUGACGGAGAAACAAGCCCAAGAGAUCCUAGACCUGAAACACAAGCUGCAGCAAGCCAACAAGGAGAACAUGGGAAUGAUGGACAGCUGGAAAUCCAAACUGGACAGCCUGGUGACAGACCACCACAAGUCUGUAGAAGAGCUCAAGCUCGCUCUGACCUCAGACGGCACAGGCAUCCAACCCAAGGAGGUCGUGGAGCUCAAGGCAUCUUUAGAGAGCCUCAAGAUGGCACACCAACUGGAGCUGGAGAACCUCAAGGCCAAGCAUGAGAUCGAGAUGGCCGUCCAUAUCAAGGAGAAGGAAGACCACAGGACUAGGCUGCAGGAGACCAGAGACGAGCUGGAGGAGAGCAAUGAGAACUGGAAAAGGCAACUGGAAGCAAAGAGCAGCCAACAUCUCCUGGAGCUCAAGAAAACCACAGAGAAGCUCCAGAGAGCUGAGCUCAGACUGUGUGAACUGGAGAAGGUCCAAGUGGAGAAUAAAGACCAGGCAAAGUCCAUCGGCUUCCUGACAGAGCAGAUCUCUCUGGCGGAAAAGAAGAUGAUGGACUAUGAGGCUUUGCAGAAGGCUGAGGAGCAGAGCAAGCAGGAGAUCAGCACUCUGCAGGAGAGGCUACGCGUGGCUGAGAACAGACUCCAGGCCAUGGCGGCCAAUCACACUCCUCAAGAUGCAAACAUGAUAGAAAACAACGACAUCUCAGAAGAGAAGAUGAAGAUGAAACAAAAUAUGGAAGAUGUCCUGGAGAAACUCACAAAAAAGGAAAAAGAGGUUUCCUCAAUGUCUUCCCAGAUUGACGCUCUCAAGUCUCAAGUAACCGCCCUGGAGAGUAAGUGCAGGUCUGAAGAGAAGAAGGCCGACGCGCUGGUGAAGGAGAAGCAGCACAUCGAGGCCGAGCUGGAGGCCAGGACCAGGAAAUCCCAUGAUGCAUCGGGGCAGCUGGUCCUCAUCAGCCAGGAGCUGCUCAGAAAAGAGAGGAGUCUGAACGAGCUGCGUGUUCUUCUGCUGGAGUCCCCCCGCCACUCCUCCGGGCUGAACCGGGACCUGGGCCGUGAGGUGCACAGGGCAGACUGGAGACAGAAGGAACAGAUACUGCAGGAAGACAUCAAGGUGCUGCGGGAGAAACUCAUUCUGCUGGGAAGGGAGAAGUCUGUCCCUGACCAGCGGCGCUACUCCAUGCUGGACCCGGCUGCCUCGGAGACGGAGGUCCUGCGGCUGCAGCAGAGGCUCCUGAGCACUGAGGAGGCCCUGCGGAGCGCCCUGGAGCACAACCAGCAGGUGGACAAGCUAGUGGAGGCCAUGCGCACCCGUCCGGAGAAGACACAGACACCUGGGAGCCCUAGUUCUGCCAAUGGGAUUCACCAACAAGACAAGCAGGAGGAAAUGCAUUGAUGAAGAGACGAGAGAGAGAAUGAAGACAGGGGAGGAGGAGAGUCUGCAGUUACGAAUCAUGAUCCCGCAGAGAUUCUGGGGUGGAAAGAGAGAGAGAAAAACUGCUUUCUAUUAACAACACUUUGUGAAGACUUUGCAAAAACAGCACUCUUUAGACUAAACAAGCCUAUAUAAACCUGGAACCGUUUUAUCAAAAAAUCACGGCUCUCGCCGUUCAGUUUGAAAUUUGAUUAAACGUAUCUGCAAGUACCUGGGACUGUAGCUAGCAAACAACUCGCAGCAUUACAGACUUGCUUUCUUCAUUACAAAGCUGCUUCAGACAAUUAAAGAGACCGCUGACUAUUCCUGCCUGCUUUGUAAAACAGAUACAUGUCCAUGGUAAGGCAUUCAAAAGAUACCAAACCAUAACCUACUGAACCACCCAUAUAAACACCAAGCAAACCAGCAAUUUCAAGGGAAAUUGCCUCCAUUCCCCAAUGCAGACAGUAAUCUGCAGAGCGUGUGAAGGCCUGUUGUUAUUGAAUAAGACUUCACCUUUCUAGGAUGGGACCGGAUUAGAAAACGAUUUCGUCAGCAUUUGAACUGGGGCUUCACGUUACUCUGUUGAAUGUAUUGCACUGCCGUCCUGACAGGGAUUGAGUACGCUUCUUGUGUUUAAGUGGUUUUAAUGACACCCUGCUAAAUUAAUACACGUUAUUCACAUGUAGAACAACAUGGUCACACCUGUACCUUUUCAAAUUCUAGUAAAGGUGUUGCAAAUUUACAUUGAAAUGUAAUACUCUGACGUGAUCCCAUAUAAAACCUAUAUAAUAUCCAGGGAAGAAGCUAAAGGCUACGCUACAGAAUAUCAAAGUCUCCUAAACUAAUUCCACUUUAAAUGUUUGUUUGUUGUUUUUUUAUUUAAUUUUGGUCUCCUUUUAAGGAUUCAACAGACCAAGUAUGUUAUAGAAUACUUCCAAUCUGAUUGUUUGUCUCCCUUUGCUGUCUUGGGGCUAAGAAUGAAUAUGUUUCACCAGACUUACCUGGCACAUUGGACUUACCUGGAUAUUAUUUUUUAACCUUGAAUUUCAUAUGCAACCAUAUUAACUGCAAUGGGAAGGAUCUAGUGACAGGGCGUGAUACUAUCCUACUAUCACACAUCAACUACUGUAAUGAGAGUAAUUCACUGUUACCCCUCUGUGGUUUGUUUUCCUGUACUGUAAUGCUGUUUUCAAUUAGGUUUUUAACAGUAGCAAAAAGCUGCUUUAUUAAAUCCUGUACCUCAUAUAGGGAUGGGCCACCCUUUGCCCUGUCCACAGCCUUGACAAUCCUUACUAUUUUACACAUUGGUUCAGAGCCGUAGGCAGAGGAUCGUGAUGAUGAAUGCGUCAUUCAAGUUCAUCCCAGACAUGCUCAAUUUGAUUGAGAUCCGGAGACUGUGGUGGGCAUGGAAGAUGCCUGCAGUCCCUCUCAUGCUCCUAGAUUCAUCUUCACAUAUUCGCAUUAUCAUAGGUGUGUUUUGUUAGUAGCCAUCAGUACAAUAUUGGAUGGACUUGAUCUGCAACAAUGUUGAAGUAAACUACAGCAUUCCUGAGUAAUCAAUUGGCCCAGAGUACAGUGUACCAGGCCAGGUAGAGUAUAUACACUGUAUUCCUGUUCCCCGCCUCAUGGAUUUGGCCGAGGCAUCUUGGUUUCUGGUAUUUCUGGCAGAUCAAAUUGAAUAAGCAUUCACAAUGAAUUAUUGAAAACGGUAUUGAAGCAGCAGGCAUUUGAAAGAUCCCCUGGGGGUGGUUUGUAAAAGUGGUUUUUUUUUUUUUGUCAAUGAAUGUGGAUCACAAUCUGUAACCUUUGGGGUAUUGAACCUGUGAAGACUUGCUUGUUUUGGUUACUAAUUCAGUUAAGAGGAAUGCAAAAUGCCUUGUUGUUACCGGCAGCACGCUGUUCCCGUGUGACCCCCAGUAACGUCUCACCGUUCUUUAUUGGACAGUGAAGUUCAUUUCAUUUUUAAAUACCAAGACAUUUUUCUUCCCUCUUGUUAGCAUUCCCGGUGCUGUCACUGCUCCCUUUCUGUUGUGCGGCACAUCUUUUUUUUCCAGGAUAUGUUGAUGUUUCAAAUAUAACUUUAGUACAGAAGUUUAAAUUUCUGCCUUCCUGGGACUGCAUCAUUGCCACCUCAUGUGGACUGUAGGUCACGUGGUCUGAGAGCAGCGACUCUGACCUAAACCCCAGGAAAUGAUAGGAAACUAACAGCUUGCAACAUAAUCUUGUGUAAAAGAAGUUAAAUAUUGUGUAAAAGAAGUUAAAUAUUUCUUUACUUAUUAUGAAUCACCUAUGAAAAACCAAUCAUUAAGGAUUUGUCAAACCUCCAUCGAUCUCGUAUCUAUAGUAGACAAUUGUAUAGUUAAAAAAAACGAGCUUUUUAUAUUGAAAAAUACUUCCCGAGUACAACCUUCCCUUUUAAACCAAGACAUCAAAGCAGUGAUAAUGUCACCAGUGGAACAAAAUUGGAUUUAAAAGCCUUCAUUACACUGCUUUAAGACAAUGGGUUUGAAGUUAUCAUUUUUAAAAACAGGAAAAAAUAUGGUAGUGAUUCUUUGGCCCAAUGUAUUCUGCAGAUUAGUAUUGCCUUACCUUAAUAACCCAGCUGAUACACUGCUAACUUUUGGUCGCCUUAUACAGUAUAUGGAUGCAAUAUUUUUUUUAAUGAUUUUCUCUCCCAGUUUUCAGAAUAUUGUUUGUUGUUUGUUGAUUUUGUCUUCCUGUAUACAAUGCUGUAAAAAUAAUCCUAAUAACUAAUGCAGAUGUGUGUCCUGCAUCCCGGCUGGCGAUUGGAUCACUGAGGUGUGGUGACUGGCACUAAACUAAUGAAAUGGUCUGAAUUGUCAGUGAGGUUCUUGACUCUUCUGUUUCUUCAUUUUCAUUGUUAUGGUAUGGUAGACUUUAAUAGCACUGGCUGCAAUGUUUCAUUUUUUUUUUAUUGUGAAAAUGAUAAAAGGGGACAAUGGCACUAGCUACAGUAACAUGAAAAGUUAUAUAUAUAUAUAUAUAUAUAUAUAUAUAUAUAUAUAUAUAUAUAUAUAUAUAUAUAUAUAUAUUAGAUAGAUAGUAUGGUUAACACUUACAAAAAAUCAAUUACAGUACAAUGAAAAGUAUUAUACAUUUAAAGGUACUGUGCAUUUAUUAUUGAAAAUAUGGUUGUAAGUGAUUCAACAUGUUAUAGAAUAUUUCCAAACUAAUUGUUUGUCCCCCUUUGCUGUCUUGGUUGUAAGUGAGCUUUUUAAAAGUAUAGGCGCCUACAUUGCAAAAUAAAGUUGCAAAGACAACAGUAAAUUAUGUACUGUUUAACAGGAACUGAAGGGGGAGUUCAAAAUAUGAGUUGGUUUCAGCUUAUUAUAUGAUUCAAACUAUAAAUAAAUUAUAAAUAUCA